GAGUGAAACAGGCGGUCAGGAAGAACUAACUACGCCCCUCCACCCCCCUCCGUCCCUUCCCCUAUUUUCCAAUCAAGGAGGAUUGGAAUCGCCUCGUUCCGUCCCAGCCCGCGUAGAGAUUCGUGGCGCGGCGGUGUGUGAAACCUGCUGUGGCCUAACUCGACGCGCACUGCCUCGGGGAACAGGCCAAUCUCGUUGCUUUCUUGGAUGUACCGCACCUCUUCCGUCCUCCCCAAAGAGAGACAGCAGCAGUAGCGGUGGCCCGAGGUCUUGGGAGCCAUGGCCUCAUCAUCUGCCACGCCGUCGGCAUUACCAUCUUUGUCAGCAACUGAAGCGGUCGCGAAACUAGCAGCGGCCGGUACCGAGACAGAGACGGGGCCAGCGGCCGCGGCCGCGGCUGAGGCACAAGCGGAGGCUUACGAGCGCGCACACGUCCACGGCGUCUACGAGGCGAUCGCCCCACACUUCUCGGCCACCCGCUACAAGCCAUGGCCCGCCGUCGGAUCGUUCCUGCGGUCUCAGGCACCCGGCGCCGUUGGGCUCGACGUCGGCUGCGGCAAUGGCAAAUACCUGGGCGUGAACCCAGACGUCUUCAUGGUGGGCUCCGAUCGGAGCCACUCGCUCAUCUCGCUCGCCAGGGACCGCUGCAUGCAACCCCAGACACGGCAGGGCGACGCAGCAGGGGCGGGAACCGGAGGGGAAGCUGGGCGCGGCGGCCGCCCUGUGGUGGGUGCCGACGUGCUCGUGGCUGACGGGCUGUCGCUGCCCUUCCGCGAGCAUGCUGCAGAUUUCGUCAUCUGCGUGGCCGUCAUCCACCACUUGUCGACUCGGGCGAGGCGGCAAGAGGCCAUCCGGCAGCUCCUGCGAUGUGUCAAGCUCGGAGAGGCUGACCGGACCGGCGGUCAGGUACUCGUCUACGUCUGGGCCCUCGAGCAGGGCACCAGCCGACGCGGAUGGGACGAGGGCGGUGAGCAAGACCUGCUGGUGCCUUGGGUACUCAAGUCUCAGCAGAAGAAGCAGCCGAAGCCGCAAAAGUCGCCCAGAGGAGACAAGGCCCAGGCUGUCGGCGACCGCGGCUCGGCGACUCAGAGCGGUGACGCAGGCUCUGACCCCGUAUUCCAGCGCUACUACCACCUCUACCGCAAAGGCGAGCUGGAAGAGGAUGUCCUCGCAGCAGGGGGUGUAGUCGUAUCGAGCGGUUACGAGAGAGACAACUGGUGGGUCAUGGCUACCAAUAAGCCUAUUCAACAGGUUCAACAACAACAACAAUAAAUGUCCAAUUC